AUGCAGAUUAUUCCUGAUUCAAACGUACCCUCCAAGGUUUCUGGGGAUUACAAACUGUCUGUUUUAAGCCCCCACGGCCCUAGAGUUAACGAAUUGGAGAGUAAGCAUCCUUUGGAAAACCGCCUUGCCAAUUGGGAAGCCCAACAACGACAAGUUCGUUUGGAUAGUAUGCGUCGUAUUUAUGGCUUGCAUGAACCUGUUCGUCGUGAAAUGGAGUUGCGUUUGUCAACUCAGAGUGUCAGACCUAUGGCCUUGGGUGGACCUAGCAACUUUCAUGCAGACAUUCUCGCCAACCGUGAAGCCUGCUUAGAUGAAACCGAUAUUUACACUGGUCAAGCUCCAAUGGAAAUGACUUUUCAAAACGAAGUGGCUACUCGUUAUGGUCUGUAA